CAUGCGCAUGGCUGUGCCGUGGGUGGGAUUGGACCGCGCUUGUCGGGAACCCGAAUAAAGUUUUUUUACGAAGAAGAUAACGGAUGAAAAGAUGUCGGGCCGGUCGGUCAGAGCGGAGACUCGCAGCCGAGCCAAAGAUGACAUCAAAAAGGUCAUGGCCGCGAUAGAGAAAGUCCGAAAAUGGGAGAAGAAGUGGGUGACAGUGGGUGACACAUCGCUGCGGAUAUUUAAAUGGGUACCUGUGACUGACCCCAAAGAGGACAUACGAGCUCCUCGAAUGACUCAGUUGGAGAAGUCAAAAUCGAAGAGCAGUCUUGAAUCAAAAGGUGCAAAGGGGGAUAAAGCUUUCCCAUUGCUGCCUGUGUCUGACAACAGUUCUUCUCCUGUUCUCCUGGAGCUAAAUGAUGAGACAAGUAAUCAGAGUUCUCUGUCAGAUGCUUACCCGGUAAAAGUGGACAGCAGUACAAACUCGAGCCCCAGCCCAGAGCAAAGUGAGCCUGUCAGCCCAACUCUUCUUUCUGACUUCAAAGCAGACGACUCUCAGCCUCCCAUGCUUGGGCAGGAAAUCAUGGAAGAACCUUCCCUUCCUUCCUCAGAAGUAGGAGAUGAUCCCCCAAUGCUCACAAAGGAAGAACUGGUUCCAUUGCAGCCUCAGGUUGUGGAAGAGGAGGAUGAUGAGUAUUCAGGGGCACCACCACUGAAGAGGGUUUGCACAGGACAGAAUGUUGUGACUCAGCCAGUAACUGAGAGCUAACCCAGAAUCAUGGGUGAUGUAUCUUUUGUUAUGCAGCAGGAAUGGGUGUGGUCUGUGGCUCCAUUGGGCCUUCCUUGUUGAAGAGACUUUUAUAUUGAUAGUGUCAAAAGUAGCACUAAUAUAAAGGAAGUGUCCUGUUCGCCUCUUUAAUGGGUCCAGCUCAGCCUUUUCCAUGGACAAGAGUACCCACUGGAAGAAAGGAUGGGCCUCUGUAUUGACCCUCACUGGGAACCAGCUGCAGACUGGUACAGUACAUAAAGAUGGAUUGAAGAUCCCUCUCUCUGUUUGGGGGCUGCUUUUCUGGAGUCUCAGCAUCAAUAUGGAAGUGCCUUGAUACUGAAGUGCCUCUAAAUCUUUGCCAUUGUUUAAGUGAGAUGACUGAAGAUGGAUUUGUGCGAUCGAUUGUUAACUAUAAAUUAAAAUGUGGUCUUCAUCCUCAUUUUACCCAUGGUAUAAAAUUGGACUUUUGCAUCUGCAUUCAAGGAAAUACGACAGCAGCAGUUUCAAAAAUAAAUGCUAUUGAAUUUGUUAUUGAUUUUUUAAAAAUGUAUUCCAGUGGCUCAUGAUUUUGCUGAAUUUAUAUGAUGGAAAAUGCAUUUUAAAAUCUUUUAAGUUGGUGUGGGUACCCUUUUGGAUUAGUUUCAAUGAUUCUGAACUAAUUUUAAGUACCCAUUAAGCUGGACUUACAUUUCCUUUGGAGAGACCCUACAGGUGAUUUUAGUUUAUUGUCAUGAAAGGAGAAUUUAAUCUUUUCUACUUGUUCUUCUCAACAUUUAUUGCUACGUGUACAUUUGGGUCAGAUAAUGUAUGGCAUACCAGCUAGAGUUCUUGCUGAUAACUGUGCAUAUAUGUGGAUAGUUUAACAGGAUUGGGUUGGCAAUUCAGUCUCUCCAAAUUUGACCAAUGUGUUGAUACUGAUCCACCUGGGCUUGCAUAGCCAGCGUUGACCAAUUAAAGAGUUGGUACAAAAAUAUUGGAAUCUUUAAUCUCCCAACCUUCCUCAUCAAUAUAGAUAAUAUAAUACCUGAAUCAAUUUGUGAGCUGGCUUCUGAAGCUGAUUUUAUUUAAAAUAGAACAGUUCCUAAUGGAAACAAAAUUAGAUUAAAUCCUAGUUCAGUUUUAUAUCAAUCAGUUUAGGAAAAAUGAGCAACCUAGUAACUAUGGAGAUUUCAUGGACAUAGCCGUGAUUACAGUAUAUUAUGCUGGUAAUCAUAUCUUGGCGUUUAAGUAUUUUUAAAAUUCAUUAUUUAUCCAUUAUUAGCUGGGGUAUGGCCAGUGCAUGAGUAUUUUGCUGAAGCACAUCAAGUUCAUAAAUGUAGGAUGAUUACUUGAAUGUGUAGCAGAGGAAUAUUUGAAUUCUUGAUCCUAUCACAGAUCCCUGGAGAGUCGAUGUCUGGAAUCAAGAAAAUUGCAAAAUAAGACUUCAUACUUUAUUCAACCUCAUUAUGAGUUCUUCAUGAGAUGAUUUUCUAUGUAGUUAUUGAUUCUUAUAACAUGAGGGUAAGAAAGUUAUUUUUAAAAACAAGAAAUGCAGAAAAUACUUGGCAAGUCAUGCAGUCCUGCGAAGAGAGAUAGAGUUAACAUUUCAGAUCAAUGACCAUCCUGAUGUUCAUGAUAACAUCUUUGUAUUGCCUAUUUUAAUACCAUAAUCAUGAUUUCCCAAAUCCCUGGCCUUUCUAAUAGAGGCUUCUUCUUUGGGUCGUGGUCUUGUCAAAACAAUGCGGUUGGGAAACUACAUAAAAAUGCAUGCCCUCAUGGUAUUUCUCCUGUCAUUUUCUGCAUCAAGCCCUGUAUCUGGUACUUUCAUCUAACCCAGGUAGCAGUAUUUUAAUUCUGAAUUGUUGUACUCAUUAUAUUUUAAACCAUUUGUUUUGCAUCAGAGUCUCUAUUUUGAUUGCUCAACCCAUCCGCAAAGAUUCUCACAUUGUCACUCAACUCGGGUACAAUUUAUCACUUUGAGAAAAGUGAAUAAUAGUUCAUUUCCAUUUCUGCUCAAUUAAAAAUAAAAUCAGGUGAGAUUAUCAUUUUCUUUUUGACUGAUUGAAUGUUAAAAUCACUUAAUUGCCAGAAGCCCAUCUGUUUUGUUUUUAAGGUCUUUAUUGUCUGCUUCAGUAUCUUGUCCUUGUAUUUUAUUUCACAUUUGCAUAGCUUUGUGAUGAUGUUUCACCUGCCUUUGCUUCUUAUUUCUUUCUUCCCAUUUUUUUAAGUUUGUGUUCACAGUGUGCUUCAUUAGUUAAUUAUGCCAUCUCAACUUAAAGUAUUAAAUAUUUAAUAUGAAAAAUAUGGAUCUUUUAAUUUUUUUUGGUGUUCGCCCCAGUGCAGUUUCAAUAUUACUUACUGCUCAAAAUAGCAGAUCUUUUAACCAAGUGGUUAUCUUUCAGAAUCUAUGAAGAUGAGAGAUCUUCUAGUUACAGUAUGAACACCUUACUUAUUUUUCAUGGUAGUGUAGCCAGGACAAUGUGAAAAAUGUUCAUAUUUUGAAUUUUCUGAUGAAAAUGCAUAGAUAUAUUUUUGAAUAUAAGAUUAAAUAGACUAAUCAAUUUGUAUGUUGAGUUUCUUUCUUUGUAAUUCCACUUAAUUUGCUGAAAUGCAUAGAAUGUUAUGCAAUGGAGCAGAAUCCAGUAUUUCAGAGCAUUCAGACUUGAUCAUAAAAAUAUUUGAAGGGCAACAGUUGAUGUUUUUCAGAGAGCAUAAUGAAUGAUUCAUUGUUUGGUGACACAAAUUUCUCAAUUUGUAACUCAGCAAUUUCUUUUAACUAAUAUCUGACAACAUCUAAAUAAGGAAUUUUAUGUGUGUGUACAAAUCCUUGAUCAUUAUUAGAGCAGUGGAACAGUAAAGGUUGUUUAAAGUCUAUACACAUGCAUUGUUGUUGAUUAAUUCAUGACUCUGUAAACAUUAAUUGUUUAAAUAGUCUUUUUUUAAAAGGCAUUCAUUUAAAAGAUCUUCGUUAGCUUUAAUACAAAUAUUAUUUCUCAUGUUUAGUGCCUACUAAGUUUCACCAUUCAAUAAAGACACUUUUUAAUAAGUUAUCCCAUUUCUGCUGUGUGACAUUCCAAAGAAGUAUGAUUUGAAGGGUGUGUAAUGUCUCUUGGGUGGAUCAGAACAUUUUGGCUGCACUCUUGGCAUGCAGAACUUCACACAUAUGACUUGAGGAACACUCAACAAAUGACGGCAUUGAUUAUAUUGUGCAACCCAAAACCUGAACACUAGAUAUCAUUUGUUUGGUUUAAGAUAACGUUUUCAUUUUUUUUAAUUCUUUAAAUUUUUGAAAAGCUGAGCACCAACCUUGGUGAUUGGUACAAGCAGAUAUGCACAUUUUUUUACAUAUUAAUAUAUUACCAUUUUCAUACUUUGGGUUUUGGGGUAAGCACCAUGAAAUUUCAAUUCUGAUUAUUUACAGGGGCACUGCAGAAUGGGUGCUGAUCCUCUCUUGUUGGCUUUACUAUGUUAAUGAUUGUAAAAUCUGCCUUCUGUUCAUGAAAAUACACAGAAGCAAACAGUGAAAAUCACUGGUAUUUGCCUCAGUGAUGAAACAUGCAAGCAGUAAUGUCAAAAAAUAUUUUGUAUCUCAAAGGUUAAGUGUUGCCUUUCAAAUUGUAAAACUCAAUUAUUUAGAGGAUUGUUAUUCAAAAUGCUUGUGAAAAUAAA